AUGGACAAAAGAUCCGCUGCUGCAUAUACCUUGGUGAAAGGAACAGGUUCCCUACAGCGUACGUGGUACCUUUACCAUCGCCUGGGUAUCUGGUCCAACAUUCUGGUUUCUGCGCGAUAUACCAGCGCCAAUGGAGAAGACCUCAGCAAAAAUGCCAUCAUUGGAGCACUGCGUCUUGUUGUACAGGCUCAUCCUGCCUUAUGGCAUGUCUUUGUCCAGAGACCAUCUCCCAAUCGAGGUAAUCACGAGCUACACACCGCUAGGCUGCACGCUAUCGACUUGGAGAAAUGCCUCGAAUUCUUAGAUUGCGACCAGAGCAAUCCUGAGGUCACUUCUAAUGAUCUUGAAAGAGCCCAUAAUGAGUGGUGGUGGACUGCUGAUGAACCCGAUCGCCCAUUGUGGAAGCUUCUUGUCAAAGGAAACAACAUUGUCUUUGUCUAUCAUCAUUCCUUGGGUGACGGUAUAUCUGGGAUGGUCUUUCAUCGUGAAUUUCUCGCCGCGCUUGAUUCCCUCACGGCCACAAAGACUAUGCACAUCGCGCUUCCUGAUACUCUCAUUCAUGCAGACGAGAACGUUCAACCCCCAAUCGAACCGGAAGACGUUUGGGAAGGGAAAGACAGCAUCUUAGAGAUAAUAUGGACACAGGUAGUGUGGCUGUUUGUUAAGCUAUUCUACGGCAACAAUCGUAUCUAUGGCGAUCUUCCCCCAUCUAAGCCUCACCUCAAGUCUGCAACUGCAGUGGCAAAGCCAGAAGAGAGAACCCUCACACGCAUUUCGUCGUAUCGUAUCCCAGCAGAAGACAUGUCUUCAAUACUCAAAGCAUGUCGCAAACAUCAAACUACCUUUACGCCUCUGCUCAUUACAAUGUUUACCAUUGUCCUUAGUACUGAAUUCUACCCGAACGCAAAGAUAGGAGCAACACGGUUCAAUUUCGACUUGAGACCCAGCCUUCCCAUGGCUCGUGUUGGUGGGGGAACAGGAAAUGGGACGUUCGUGAAUGCAGCAGGAAGCUGGCAGCUCUGGCACAAACUUGGACCAUUCCGUCAAGUCCUGGUCGGAAACGAUGCCAAGGAACCUUCGCUCGACUCCCACUCUGUAUGGAAGCUUGUAACGGACUAUAAGAAAGAGAUGACACGUGCUAUUUCUGGCCAAGCUAUACGUAACUGGAUCGGGGUGAAGCGGCUGGGAACUGACUUGGAAAAAGUGGUUGACAACGGAUUUCCAUCCAUCUCCCUUCUUCUCAAGCCGACUUUCAGCGUUUCUAACGUUGGCUCCUUCGAUAAUGCUCAGGUGGAGUUCGAUGGGAAGAGUACAGGGCUUUGGCGGAUUGAUGAUAUGCAAUUCUCAGCUGGAGCGGUAAAUGGCAACCAGGGUACACACGGGGCUAUCUUUCAUGUUUGCGGUGUCAAAGGGGGGGAUACAGUUAUUACCGCGACUUAUGAGCAUGGGAUUGUUCCGCGGGACAUGGCCGAUCAGAUCCUGGAGCGUACCGUUACUAGAAUGCUUCAGAUAGUCUAA